GUUUUGUUUUACCUAUGCCACAUACUAUCAAACUCGUAAUAUUUUCAAGUUCCUUAAAGUUAACUGUCUUUGCGGAUAGGCGUAGUGGAACCGUUUUUAAUAAUUUCACUCGGCAGAGAACAUUUUAACUGUAAAGUAUUACAGCUAAGGAUAUUCAAGUGAACUUUCAAGAUAGAAAAUUACUAUUUUAUAAAUCAAGCUAUUACUCUAUGAAAACGUUUGUAAUUAUUCAACCAUGAUAUUUAUUUUCUUAUACAUGUUUGUAUAAAUAAUUUAAUAAUUCUAAAGAAAUAUAGUCACAGUUGUUUAAGCGUUUUUAGUAGUAUAACAUAUGUAAAAACAUUUUGAUUCAUUUUAUGGUUUUUUGUAAUUUAUACAAAAGAUUUUAUUUUCAAAAUAUUAUUGGAAAAAUGAUUAGAAACUACACAUAUAGUGAAAGUGUUGAAAUGUACGAAGAAUCGCUAGAAAAAGAAGAUGAAAGAUUGGAUGGCUAUUCGAUGCCUCCAAUUGAGGAGCAGCUUGAAGCUAACAUAGUGGAUAAAUAUUAUUGCAGUUAUUGUGACAUUACCCUAAGCAGUAGCGAUUUAGAAGAUCACAUCUACGAUACUAAGCACCAAAGGAACAUGGAAGAGGUUGCAUUAAACACGAGAAGGAGAAACUUGGAAGCGGUGAUGAAAACUCUGGCUUCCGGAUCAACAAGCAAUUCUGACCGCCCAAGAAAAAGUGUGAUGGGAAAGGAAGUAGUUAUAAAAAAGAAACUGAUAAGUUCGAACAAAAGAACCAAAUUUCCGAAGUCCUCCGAUGACGAGGUAGCAGAUGACGAAGAUGGCUUUAACACUUCUGCAUCUGAAGAAGUUUAUCCUAACUGCGAAAUGUUCGAAAAAAUGGACUGCUGGUAAACCAAUAGUUAAAAAAAAUAUAAAUGAUUUAUAAUAAAAUAAAUUAUUUAUAACCAUGAAC